CAUCACUCCAUAGCCUCGAAACGAUGUGGCCCACUUGAUGAUGAUGGGCCUGGCCUCUUGUUACUUCUUUGUUUUCAUCAAUGGCCAGAAUAGUUUUGAGCGCUGGGUCUGACUGGGUAAACAGGAACAGGUAAUGAAUAGGACUAAAUAUAUGCAACGGGAUCAAGGAUUGCAAUUUGCCGGUGAGCGCGGAGCCCCUCGUUUCCGUGAUUAAGGCAAUUUGCGAGUGGUUAAAGAUUUUGACCGCUCGCAUCAUUCAACUUCUUGCCAGAUCCUCAGAACCAUCAGUCUUCCAACUCGAGUCAGAUUUCGUAACCAUGUCCUCCUUGAAGUAUACCCCGAAGCAACAUAUCACAGAGAUUCACAGCAGGUUGUCGAACACCUUCCGUGAGGGCCGCACUCUUCCGUUGGAAUACCGUCGCAAGCAACUUCUCCAGGUUGCCCGCCUUGUCCAGGAAAAUGCUGAUGCUGUCGCGGCCUCCCUGAAAGCUGAUCUUGGGAGGUACCCUUUUGAGGCCAAACUCGGUUCAAUUGUUUCAAGUGCCCUUCAUGCUGUCGAGAAUCUCGAGAAGUGGAAUUCUCCCGAGAAACCGCAGGUAGAGGCUUGGCGCAGUGGGUGGGACACAACAAUAUUCAAGGCGCCAAAGGGCACAGUGGUUUGCAUCAUUCCCUGGAACUCUCCAUGGGUGCUCACGAUUUUGCCGCUCAUCGGUGCAAUCGCUGCGGGUUGCACAUGCUUGAUCAAACCCUCAGAGCACGCCCAAGCUUCUGCAGCCCUCAUGGCGAAACUAAUCCCGCAAUACCUUGACCCGGAUGCCUACGCUGUCUGCCUCGGAGCCUGGGACCACAUUUUCUACACGGGUAGUGUGAGCGUCGGACGGAUCGUCGCGGAGGCAGCAGCAAAGCAGCUCACGCCAGUGACUCUCGAGCUUGGCGGACAAUCACCCGUCUUCGUCGACGGGGACAGCACGAACAUUGAGAUCGCAGCGAAGAGGAUUCUAUGGGGAAAGCAACAAAAUGCAGGACAGGUUUGCGUCGCACCGAAUCAUGUUUUUGUGCAGGAACAACACCAAAGCGCACUCGUGGAGGCAUUCAAGAAAGCAUAUGACUCAUUCUGGCCAAAGGGUCCGCUUGAUUCCUCAUCUGAGAUGGGUCGCGUGGUGAACGCUCGACACUACGAACGCAACAAGAGUCUCCUGUCCCGAACUAAAGGAAAGGUCGCAUUCGGGGGACAAGCUGGGCAAGAUCUUCGCAUCGAGCCAGCUAUUGUGACUGGCGUAACAUUGGACGACCCAUUGAUGGAAGAAGAGAUAUUCGGUCCUAUUUUACCAAUCAUCCCAGUGGCAAAUGUUGACGCCGCCAUCUCACACAUACGAUCUGGGUCCACGCCCCUUGUCAUUUACGUUUUCACCGAAGACGAGGAAACGAAAAAUAAAUGUAGGGAUCACUUCCUCAACGAAACAUUCGCUCAGGUCGCUGUCUAUGAAAUACCUUUCGGUGGUCAAGGGCAAUCUGGCCUGUAUGGAUCAUACCUUGGGAAGUACUCCUUCGACACUUUCAUCCAUCAAAGGGGCUAUAUCAAUGUCCCCGCAGACGCAGGGACGGAGGGCUUCAUGCAGGGAAGGUACCCACCUUACUCGGCGCCUGCACUUGAGUUCUUCUCUCAGGCGCUCAAAACGAAAAUCCCCGACGCUUGAUCCCUGGUUCAUGGUUGGAAGCUAACAUUCUUAUGUCGACGUGUUCAAGUUAUCAUCUCCAGGGUGAGGAGGAUGGAAGUAUACUAAAGCAACCAAGCUGCAGUCAUACGAUAUUCCAAUCUGUCCUAAAACUCGGUACUCAUUUUUGUCUGUUGCCCCCAAAUAUUGAAAUAGCGACACAUCCUUACAUUUCUACAAAGUGAGUUUUGGCCCCAAAAUCGA